CCAUUGUUUACAUAAACAAUGCACACAAUGCACAUUUUCAAUUCCCCAUAUGGUGGUGCUUAUGGCGGCGAAAAUGAUGGCGUGGUAGGGCGGGUCGACCACCGCCAGACCACCGUUGACCGUCUUCCUGCAGCACAGGCCCGAGCUUAUGGUGCUCCUAAUCCUGCAAGACUUCAAAUGACGCCCGAGAAUCUUCCUGGAAGGGCGCCUUACGCUUCACCAGGUGUGACCGCGUUUGGGGUCAAACAUCCGGAGCUCCCACCCAAGACUCUUGACGCUCUUAGGAGAGCAUGCAUCGAAAAUGAGGAGAACAUGGACAGUAUUUCAGAAGUGAUCCGCUCGGAGCUAGACAUAGCAGGUCGCGAGGGGGCACUCAAGCUUCUGGCUGAGCUUAAAAUCCCGCCCAUCGACUGCAAGCGCGUGCUUGACAGCCUGUUGUCGACAACACCAUCCAAUCACUCCAACAAGACCAAUAAGUCGAAGUCGCGAAUUAGUGAUGCAACGGAGUCUUCGGCCGUGAAGGUGCCGGCCUGCGUUCCUGAGGCCUUCGCCGACGUAUUCAAGGCAAUGAACUCACAGAGUGAUGCCAGCAAGUUCAAUGUCCUCGCGGCAACCGAGGUUAUCAAGG